GCGACUUUGACUUUUUUUCUUUACAGACCGCACGAAUCCCAGCCCCAGCAGCAGUGUGUCGUGUUUCUGAAAGUGGACACGCCACCUGUUGAACUCAUAUGCCUGAGCCCCUUGACUAAAAAAUAACACAACUGCAUUUGUGCAGGGAGGGAGAUGCUCACAAUGGAGCAAAUAGAGGCAGCCUUGUACCAGAAGAAGAGAUCUGAGAAAUUGAAUGAGAAGCAGAUGGAAAGAAUAGAGGGAAUGGGGGAAGACUUCAGCAUGGACAGAGGACUACAGAAGGAGCAUAUCCUCAAGUGGUUUGUGGAGACUCAGGCUGUGCUCAUCUUGUGUGAUGGAAGUUUUCCACCCUGGUUCCAGGGCUUCAUCUCCAGACAUGAAGCAGAAGAUCAGCUCAGAGACAAGAAUGUUGGUUGUUUCCUUAUCAGACUCAGCGAAAAAGCCAUUGGAUAUAUUCUUUCAUACAAAGGACAGGAUCGUUGUCGCCAUUUUGUCAUAAAUCAAACCAAGACUGGCCUGUUCGGCGUUUCUGGUGAUUCCACCACUCAUAACAGUCUGACAGAACUGAUCAAUCACUUUAAAACCACACCGAUCCAGCCUUUUGGAGAGUACCUGACUUCAUAUAACACAGAUAUGGACUCUGUGGAAGAGGAUGACAAAAAUGAGCUUUAUGAUGUGUUUCAAAAUAAGCCAAGAGGCAGCGCCGGUGUUAGCGUUAAGGCUCUAAGAAGUUUAUGGGAACAAGCUAGCAAUAUCCCUCAAAACACGCCUCCAUGUCUGUAUUCUAAAAGUGGCCGGAAGCUGGAGAUCUCCACUUCUAUUGACAGGAACAGCCUGUCCCAGGGAACGAAGGUUCCACCAUUGCCAAAGAAGAAUUCAUCACUCCGGAAUUCCUUAAGUGCUGGUUUUUCUGGUACAAAUCCAUCACAAGAACAACACAGCUUUUCAGAAUCAAGGACAUCUGGUGGUGAUGAGAGAGCAAACGGCAAAAAAAGUGAAACCUUUGACACAGAAGGCUCUCAAUUUAAGUUGCCUAUCCAAGACGAAACCUCUAAUUCUUGUAACAUUAUGCCCUCCACCCCUCAACAACCUCCUUUAGCUUCACCCAAAACAGCCUCCUGCUCUUAUGCAGUCCUUGAUCUUAAAAAACACAAUAGUGGAGCUUGGCGAGAGCCCUAUACUGACCAAGAAGCCCUGCAGCCCAACCCACUCUACCAGACCGCAUCAGCGGUGUGUGCUGGCCAGAAGGACCAGCCCGGGCAAGAAUAUGACAACCCUAUAAAGCUCAUCGACAACAUCCUUUCAGCAGAAAACCCCUAUCAAGACAUAACUGAACAACGGGACAGUAACACCUAUGAACACAUAGCUGAGAGCAACACCUAUGAGGACAUCCGAGUGACAGACAGCAACACGUAUGCAAGCUUGGAUGAGAUGCAACCACACACACCAAGCAUCUCGGGGAAGAAGAAUCAUAAGUGGUGGAAACUUCGACUGGAGAAUAAGAAGUAAUAAUCAUCUGGUGAAUGCAAAAGCUGAGAAAAAUACUUCAUUUAAUAUUUCAUUUAAAGUCAGCCUUUUUAUUUUGGUGUGUACAGUAUACAUAUAACCUCAGUACAGUAUGGUUUCUACACUUACAAAAUGCUGACAAUUUUUAAGCAAAUACAAUGGUACAAUGAAAUGGUUAUGAUAAAACACCUGCUCUGAUUAUAUCUAUUGUUAUGACUGAAUUUCCCAGUAUUUCAAUGUAGACUAGACUUUGGUAUUUAAUAUUUUGUAAUUAGUAUAGUGCUCAAAGCCUAUCACCGUUUUCUGUAACCCUAAUCCAGCAAUCCACACUGCUUGUUUGAUACAAUAGUCUUUCUCUACACAUCUGAAACCAAAACACUGCACAGUAUAACUGAAUAAAGCAUGGGGAUAACAUACAAUAAGUGUUAGUAUUGAGUAGAUUAAAUGCAUUGUGCUUUGUAUCUCCUUUAAAGUUAUGUGCUGCCCUAUUAUAUAUGUAUAUCCAAUAAACUGUAGAAAAAAA